AUGGAGGGCAGCGGACCGAAGCUCGGCUCCCCCACGAACGUCUCCCUGGCGGGCGGCGAGGGCGCCCUGGGGCCGCUGGUGUACAAGGCCGUCUCCGUCUGCCUGGUGCUCGGCGUGUGCGGGGUGGGCGUCGUGGGCAACGUCAUGGUGGUCCUGGUGGUCCUGACCAGCCGCGGCAUGAGGACGCCCACCAACUGCUACCUGGUCAGCCUGGCGGUGGCCGACCUGAUGGUCCUGCUGGCCGCCGGGCUGCCCACCGUCUCCGAGAGCCUGGCAGGGACGUGGAUCUACGGGCUCGCCGGCUGCCUCGGCAUCACCUACUUCCAGUACCUGGGCAUCAACGCCUCGUCCUGCUCCAUCACGGCCUUCACCGUGGAAAGGUACAUCGCGAUCUGCCACCCGAUGAAGGCCCAGGCGCUGUGCACCCUCUCGCGGGCCAAGCGCAUCAUCGCGCUCGUCUGGGCGCUCACCUCGCUCUACUGCACGCUCUGGUUCUUCCUGGUGGACCUCUCCGGCAGCAGGGGCCGGCGGCUGGAGUGCGGCUACAAGGUGUCCCGCAACCUCUACCUGCCCAUCUACCUGCUCGACUUCGCCCUCUUCUUCGUCACCCCCCUGCUCCUCGCCUCCGUGCUCUACGGCCUCAUCGGGAGGGUCCUCUUCCGCAGCCCUGCCCUGCGCCAGCCCAGCGGCCCGGCCGAACCCUGGCCGGCGCGGAGGCGCCCGGAGGCCGGCCGGGGCAAGGCGGGGAGGCCCGGAGCCAGGAGGCCCGUCUCCUCGAGGAAGCAGGUCACCAAGAUGCUGGCCGUGGUGGUGGUCCUCUUCGCGCUGCUGUGGAUGCCCUACCGCACCCUGGUGCUGGUCAACUCCUUCGUGAGGCGGCCCUUCCUGGACCGCUGGUUCCUGCUCUUCUGCCGCCUCUGCGUCUACGCCAACAGCGCCAUCAACCCCAUCAUCUACAGCCUCAUGUCCCGGAAGUUCCGCCUCGCCUUCCAGAAGCUCUGCGGGUGCCGGUCCGAGGAGGAGCGGCCCAGGAGCCUCUGCGUCCCCUCGGGUGGCCACAGCCUGCGGAAGGAGCCCAGCGUCCACGGCCAGGGCGAAGCCAAGGGCCCGGGGCAGCGGCGGCCUCCGGGAGACGAGGGGCAGAGCUGCAACGCUCCAGAGCCGCGGGCAGAGGCUGGAGAGGCAGAGAAGGGGAAGGAACUGCGCUCGAGCGUCCUCUGA